AUGGUCGAUGAUUCUGACUUUUAUGUCAACGACGCGUCUGGGAAUGUACUAAGCCAACGGUCUGCUGUUGCAAAUCAUCAUGGAAAAGGGCGGAGAACUAGCUUCUUCGGUAUACCCGAUCUUGGCAUUUUGCCAGAGGUGCGCAGCUCCGCUGAAAUAUUUGGCCAGAUCAUGGAUCCAAAUUGUCUGCUUUCAGGCCUCCCGAUUUGCGGCAUUCUCGGAGACCAGCAGGCCGCUUUAGUCGGGCACACUUGGCCAAAAAGUUCUACUGUCGACAAAUUCCAUUCGGAAUCAUCACCAACGAAAAGCUCGGGAACUGCAUAA